ACGUGGUUGAAAGAGGUUGAAAAGUACGGCCGCUAUGGAUUCUCCCUCUCCCGCCUUUCGCUCGCCCUUCUUACGACCAUGGAUGAACCAGACGGGUGCGGCGGCAGCGUCUGGAGGAGGGAACAUGGGACUCAAGGGUAUUGUGGCAGGUGGCAUAACUGGAGGCAUUGAGAUCUGCAUCACCUUCCCCACUGAGUAUGUCAAGACACAACUACAGUUGGAUGAAAAAAGUGGCGGAGCGAAGAGGUACAAUGGUAUCGUGGACUGUGUCAAGAAGACUGUCAAAAGCCAUGGGUUCUUUGGCCUCUACCGAGGUCUCUCCGUCCUGUUGUAUGGCUCUAUACCCAAGUCAGCCUGCAGAUUUGGUGCCUUUGAACAGCUGAAAAAGCACAGUGUAGAUGAAAGGGGUAACCUGUCUCCUGGGAAGAGGCUUUUGUGUGGCUUGGGUGCAGGGGUGUGUGAGGCUGUGUUUGCAGUCACCCCCAUGGAAACAAUCAAAGUAAAGUUCAUCAAUGACCAGCGUUCAGCAAAGCCAAAGUUCAAGGGUUUUUUUCAUGGCAUUGGUUGUAUUCUAAGAGAACAGGGCAUCCGAGGAACCUAUCAGGGAGUGACAGCCACCAUCAUGAAACAGGGCAGCAACCAAGCCAUGCGCUUUUAUGUCAUGGAGACAUGCAAAGACAAGUAUCGAGGUGGAGACCCAACUAAACCUGUACCCAAAUUAGUUGUUGGCAUGUUUGGUGGGUUAGCUGGAGCUGUUUCAGUCUUUGGAAACACUCCUAUUGAUGUUGUGAAGACUAGAAUGCAGGGCCUGGAGGCCAGCAAGUACAAGAAUACUUUAGACUGUUUCCAAAAGAUUUGGAAGAAUGAAGGACCACGAGCGUUUUACAAGGGGACAGUGCCCAGGCUGAGCCGUGUGUGUCUAGAUGUGGCCAUCACCUUCAUGAUAUAUGACAGUUUUAUGGAACUGUUCAAUCGUGUGUGGAAGUAGAAGUGGCAUGUCAGGCACACUGCAGCAGGCAAGGUAACAAGUGACACUGUUUACGUCCAACCAUGGUUAAAUGUCUCGCACACAAUUUUGCAUUUGUGAAUGACAUCCUGCAAUAUUUUUGUUUAAGUUCAGUAACCACUGGAAAAUGUUUAACAUUUUGAUUUUCUAAACUUACUAUAAUCUGAAACUUACGGUCAGAAUUUUAUUCAUACUUGUGUAUAUCUGUCAAGUCUUAUGUUUUUUGCGUAAGUCUUACGUAAUUUCGGUGAUUUUCAAGUCUUACGGCGUAAGUUGAAAAUCUGAU